AUGCCGAGGUUUAGCGUCAAAUGGAUUGUGGCGGUGCUGUUGAUUGUGGUGGUCGCCGGUGCUUUCUUCUUCUGCGAGUAUCUCAUUUACUUCCCCACCAUCCUUAAGUGCGGCUGGCCGGAGAUCAGCCAUGCGCGGGCCGGCGGAGAGGGCAUCGACGGCCGGUCAGCGGACUCAGCUGUCCGCGCUAUGGUGCUGUCGGACACCCAUCUCCUCGGGGCUGUGGGGGGACACUGGUUCGACAAACUGAGGAGGUAAUGCCUUUAUCCCUUUGUAUUCCCAACCAACCUAUUAUCCCCUCUUUAUCCCCCUUCUGUGCUUUGUUAUUUGUAAACAAAAACAACCUUUAAUGGUGACUUGUUGUCUCCAAAGGGAAUGGCAGAUGGAGAGAGCUUUCCAAACCGCUCUGUGGCUGCUCAGGCCUGAAAUAGUGUUUAUUCUCGGGGAUAUCUUCGACGAAGGCAAGUGGAGCUCGCAGAAGGUAACGCAGAGCUCCCUGUUUUUCUCCUCAUUGCUUUGUCUGCUUGCAUGUUGAGGAUGAUGAGGAUGGUGGUGAUGAUGCUUGAGAGAGAACAGUAUGUGGAUGCAGAGCAGAGGCCAGCACUCUUUGUCAUCAUCAUCAACAUCAUCAUCAUCAACAUCAUCAUCUUGUACCAUCCAGGCCUGAGAGGCUGCAGGUUUUGUGGAAAACACCAGCAACAACAGCAGCAGCAACAGCAGCAUGUCUUUUGUGUGUCAGACACCCACAGUACAUCCGUCCUUAGGAAGACAAAAAUCCCCUGGGAUUCCUCAUACAUCUAUCCCUGGAUUGUCAUGUGGGAUAAGUCAAACUCGGAUGUAAGACAGAGGAAGUGUUGAGCAUGAGUGCAGCCAGGAGAAAAAAAAAAGCAGCCUCAUUAAAAAAGGAAACAGAGCUUGCAGACUGUAAAAUCUCCACUAAUCUACUACAUUCCCCCGUCAGCGUCCUUGUUCAUUUUCACACUCAGUUGGUAUCUCUCCCGCAAUUUGUAUGCUGUGCACUUAUUGCAAGAAGAGAGGACCCGAAUACCUGAAUGUACAGAAAGAGAAAUACUGGAAGUAGGUCAGCAGACACAGACUGUUUUUAUGAUGGACCAAUCUGUUGAUUAUUUCACAAACUGGGGAUUUUAAGUCAAUGUUGACCUGAUGAAAAUGUGAAAAGGGCUGGUGUUAAGUGGAGGAAAACAGAGAAGACACCUUAGGGUACUUGUUUAGUCAAUGAAAGAGCAGAUAAUUCUGUUUUAAUUGUUGGAUUUUCUGCUGUUUUUUCCUGGUUAAUUGAUUACCCGUGUGGUCCACACAUCAACAUUUUAUAUCACAAGUUACAAAACCCGAAAAAACAUCAAAGUGCUUGAUUUGUAGGGGGCACUUUGUGGAAAUCGAGGCUGUUUACAAUAUCGAUAAUGAUGACGAUACUGGAACAACAAUACCUAUACGAUGUUGAUACCAGUAGCUAUGCCAAACAUUAGCCAAAUGACACAAUACCCUACUGAUACUGAUACCGAUAUUUGUGCAAACACCCGAAUGACACAAUAUGAUACUGAUACUGAUACCAAUAUUAAAACAGUAAUGAUACCUAUCCUGACACAGAUAAUGAUAUGAUAUAGCUCUGAUAGGAUACUGACAUGAUACUGAUAUAGUUUGAAUACCAAUACUGACAUGAUACUGAUGUAGUUUGAAUACUGAUACUAAUAUGAUACUGAUAUAGUUUGAAUACUGAUACUUAUACCGAUAUUGGUAUAAUAUGACACUGAUACUAAUAUGACAUGAAUACUGAUACCAAUACUGAUUGGGUGUCUGAUACAGAGACUGAUAUGACUCUGAUAGGAUGCAGAUAUGACACUAAUAUGAUCUCAAUAUUAAUACGGUAUGGAUUUAAAUGUCGAUAUACGAUACUGAUAAUGAUGCAAUGCAAUACAAUAAAAUACUGUUAUUAUACCAGUACUGAUAUAGUUUAAAUGCUGAUAUGAUUCUGAUAUUGAUACCGAUAUGACACUGAUAUUGAUGCGCUACGAUAUGGUGGGAUACUGAUACUAUAAUGAUUCCCGUACUAAUACAAUGCUGAGACUGAUAUCAGUACCGAUAAGGACACAAUACUAGUAGUGAUACAAAUACCGAUAUUUAUAAUAACAAUUGAGUUGACAGCUUAUUCCAGUACUGGUGUUUUUUCACUCCACCUCUAAAAUCUUUGUGACAGGAUUUGAUGUAUCAAAAUUAUUGGUAGUUGUCUCUCUUCUUAAUGGAGCGUUCACACCUAGAGCUCAUCUGCUUUUUUCUGAUCCAGUCGAGGAAAAAUGACCCAUCAUUUUCUCCUGGGCGGUUUUGUGUUAAAACUGCAAUAGUGUAAAACAAGACAGAACAAAUCACCACAGGCAGCCUUCUUACUCAUGGCGCAGGUAAACAAACACCUACCUGUACUGGUUACAGUGGGCACUAACUAAUUUGAGCCGAGUAACCCUCCAACAAAAUGAGUCAUGGGCUGACUUGAAGCAGAGAGGAGGUCGAUGUCUCACUGACAUUUACGGCUGUAGCUGCCAAAUGUUGGAGUUUCUAUUUGUAGCUUCUCUGCUCUUCUGCAGAUGUUUAAUUGGAUGAUGACGGUGACAAACACAUCGGUUGUAUAACUGCAUCCACCAGAGCUAGUCUUCUGCUUCUAGUCUGAAGAUUCAUGCAGCUAUUUGUAACAGUUGCUGGCUCUUCUUGCAGGUGAACCACUUCAAGGGGGUCAUUGGCAGCGAGCCGAUACACCUCCUCUAGGCAGUAUUGGCUCGCUUAUUUUUUCCUGCACCAGAGUGCAAUCGCUGUGUUCACAGAGGGCCAAAUGACACAAACACAGCUGAGUUAGUGCAUCUCUAAUCAGUUGCCAAAGAUGGAGUUAAGUAGGGAUGCAUGAUAUUGGGGAUAUGCCGAUAUUUGAUAUGCUGAUAUUUUCAAACUCAUUUUGGCUGAUACUGAUUUCCCCUUUUUUGUUGAUAAGCAGGUUUUUCAUAUGAACCUAUACUGAUAAUUAACUUUUAAAGGUAUUAUCUGCAGAGACUGAUAUUAGGCCGAUAACAUGAUGCAUCCUCUAGAGUUGACCCGUGUAAGAAAACAAUAAUCCUAAUCAGUCUUGGUGUGAGAUUACUGUUAAUCGGUGGUGCUGAUAUCGGCUAAUAUCAGUGUUAUAUUCAUUGCUGCACCUCUAUUAGAGAUUGAUAUUCAAAGUCCUUGCUGUCUCUGUGCAAAACAUAGAGACAGACAUUGUGGGUUGUGCAGAAAUGUGAUGAACACAGCAAGAAAAGAGAUCAUAUUCAGAGGAAAUAAAAAAAAAAAAACAUUACUAACAAGAAUAUUAACGCUGAAUUGUAAAUACGGUGCUUUGUAGACUAAUAUCUGUAACUUCUCGACCUGUGCUGAGCUUUGCAGCUGAUUUCAAACUCAAACAUACUCAAUCCAAAUGAAAUGAAGCCCCGUAAGGAAACAAAUCACCACUUUUUAGAAUUUAAAAGCACAAAUAUUUGGAUUUUUUUUGCCUAAUACACUUUAAAAAAAUCAAUUUAUUAGUCAAAUUAAAUGUUAAUUGACAUUGUGAUUCAGCAGUCUCUGUGUAUUCAAAGGAAGAGGAACCAGACUUAAAACUGGGUUGCAGCCAAAUUCUGUUUCUUUCCAAUCAGCCAUCUGAUCUUUAAACGGAGGGAAACAGCGAGAAAUAUUCAUCAUUAUUUUUAAAAGCCCAGAGAGACGACUUCACAUCGGCUGUUUUGUCCUUUCAGCCGUCCACAAACAUAAAAAGAAACAAAUCUUCAUAUUCAUGAACCUAAAUCCUGAAAAUGUUUCACGCCUGAUAAAUGACUUCAAAGAGCAAUCAAUGAUAAAAAGUGUUCAACACUAAUCUUCAGUCAAUGGACUAAUUGUUUGCAGGCUAAUUAGAAUUAGCAUCAGGGAGUUGUUUGCAGACACACCAGCAUGAGGACUGUCACGUAAACCCACAACACCGGUGUAAUUAGAGGUCUCCUGUGAGCUGCUUCAGUCCUGCAGGUGCAACACUAAAACUGGAGUCUGAAUCAAAGCGGGCCGCCGUAGCCGCCCAUGGGGGCUGCUGGGUGACCCUCAGAGAUCCCAUAAGCUGUCUUAGUGAAGGCCUGUACUGAAACCUGCCUCAGCUGUGUUUGUGUCCUCCUCUCUCCCUCUCUCUCUUCCUCUCUCUCUCUUUCUGCAGCACUGGGAGGACGACGUGCGCCGCUUCCACAGGAUGUUCAGACACUCCACUGACACAGAACUGGUUGUACUGGUUGGGAAUCACGACAUCGGUUUCCAUUAUGAGUAAGAGGACUUUUUAAAGGCUCAUUGUUUUCAUUGUUCAGCCUUCAGUUUCACUAAUAAUGACAGCGGGGGACGGUCUUUUAGGAGAGUUUCAAGUCACAACACAUUAGUGUUCAUCUACUGCUGAAAGUAGUUCCCAGUUAGAGUAUUAUUUUUCUUAUUUUAAAGCUCCUCUGAGGAAUUUUUUUGCUUUUUGUGAAUUUGGCGCCCCCUGUAGACAAAGCAGUCCUGAUUUAUCUUGUGGUCUGUGUGCUUCAGAUCUGAUUCUGCAGACUUUUAACAGACGAAUUUAUCUGUAAAGGCGAUCUGAGAAGCAUUUGAAAAAACGGAGUCGUUCAGGCAGAUUUGAAAAAAGCGUCCCACCCCCCACACACAAACCUUUCCCCUCUGUGCUCAACGAUAUCUCCCCCCCCCCCCGAACCUGUAUCGCCCUCCCCACGACACCCCCCCUCUGGCAGAAGAUCCUACGCUAGCUUCAAAUAGGAUUCACCAUGUCGGAUUGCUAGUGACUAACGGCAGUAAACGCCAGCUCUGCUAGCGAGCAUCGUCUGCAGCUACCUGGACAGCUACCAUGUUGACAUUGCGGAGAUUAAUAAGAGUUAUUUAUGUUUGUUCCAGUUAGAUUCCUCACUUGGUCACAUUUCCUCUUCAUCUCUGCCCUGUCUUCUGUCUACUUGCAUUUUCUUAGCACUUUUGGCGGUGGGGCAAGCAGAAGUGGUUUUUUUUUGCGUCCUUCUCCAUCACAGCUCCUGUAGCUAAGCUGCUACGCUACUUUUAGCCGCUCAGAGCUCCGAGGAGGGCAGGGAGAGUGAGAGGGGACGAGUCGGAAUUACGGGAGAGGGGUGUGUCGAAUACAGCGAGGUGAUUGGAUGGAGUGGCGGAGCAGGAGAUUGACCAAUAGGAGCUGUCCGGGAUGGAUGGCUCCCAUUGGUCAAUGUUUUUGCAGCCCUGCACCUGCUAGGGUGAACGGAUUUUUCCCAUUUUUUUCUCUUCACUUUGUGGAGAUCGCACCAUGAUCGCCAUAGAAACGAGGUUCAUAGUAAUUACCAAUCUCUCCAAUCAUCAACCAUGCCUGUAAAAGGGAUUAUCUUGUGUUUGGCAGACACCUACUCCCUGUUUGGACCAGUUACAGGAACUAAAAAUGAUGGUUUAGAAGUUGUCGGUCUGGUUGCUGAUUCUGGUUUUGUCAGCUUCAAUUUCAGUGUGUUUCAUAAUCGACUGAAAAAUCCUCACAUGAGCUUUAAGUUUUGAAUUUGACAUCAUAUCAUUUAUGACCAAGAUUGAGGGAUUUACCCUUUAGUUAGAGUCACAGGGAUGAUGAGACAAUCACAGUAAAAGACUCCCCCUCGCUGUCUUAAUUUACGCUUUAUUGAGUCACUCAACAUUUCAGUCUGACACGAGUGGCAGCUUCCGGUCUUGAGAAAUGACACUUGCAGUUCCUCGAGUGUCUACUUAAGUCUGGCUGUAGAAACCUGACAACCUCAGCGUGGGUCUUCAAACAUGAAUUUGCAUCAAGAUUUCCAUCUAUGUAAAGUGUGACGUCUCUGUGACACGUUCAGGUGCACACAACACUUUCUGAACACGUUUGGUUGAAGAGUUUCUAAAUACAUAACACACAGAGGUCGUAUCCUGAGAGGACCUGAGGAUCCGUUUACCUUCUACUAUCACAUUACAGGUGCAAAUCCACAUGAUGCGCACCCCGGUCCUCGGUCUUACAUCCACACACAGACAGCCUCAUAAAGAGGAGCGAGUUCAAGGAUAAGUUUUGCUGGAUGAGACUAAUGUGUGACAGUGAAAAAAAGGAGGUUUGAUGAGUUCAGUGAUGCCUCCACAACUUUCAACAAAACCAGUUUAUGAGUCAUAAAAAGGAUGUGUAAAAACGGCGAGUGUGUGAGGGUGUGUGUGAGUACUUCUGUCUGCCACAUUUCCCUUUUUCCCCAGUUGGCAUGAACGCUUAGUCAGUCGAUUUUUGGCACAGAACGUCCUCCGAAAAAAGCUCGUCUGAGAGUUUUAUGUGUGAGUGAAGCACCUUUUUGAUGUGGCAUUAGCAUGCCAAGAUUUCGUCAAAUAGCGAAAAAACUCUCACCUAAAAUAAACACACACUUUCCCACACAGCGCCGGUGUCUGGACCAAAUUUCAACCUUCUGUAGGUUAGAAAUGUGUGCGCCAAAGAGGAACUUAUUUUAGGAUAGAUAGAGUAUUGUGCCCAGAGUUGUUGCGCCCUGUGCCAAGGCUGUCUUAAAGGGCCCUUCCACUUCCACUGAUGGACGUUUAUUAUCUUAUCUUUGCGGCCCUGAGUACUCAGAGCCCUUUUCCAGCAGUUUGACGCCCUUGAUCGGGUCAUUUUCACUGCAAAUCCACUUAAGAGUCUUUUGGCUGAUUUCUGAAAACCUUGUGCCGUCAAGUUUUCCAGUUUCAGCUGUAAGAGGCCAGAAGGAGCCACGACAAGUGUUUCUUUUUGUUCACUUUCGUAAGUUCCUGAAAUCUUAAAUUUUUAGCAUUUCCUCAAAAAAAGCGAGGAGAAUGAUUGAUCUUUGGGUGUCCAUAUUGGCGCCCUGCAACAGUGUUCACAUUUGGGCACUACUUAAGUCCUUAGCCUUUCAUCGUACAUCCCAACAACAGGACAUCCUGAGCUCCGUUUGAGGGCAGCAUCUGUUUGGUGACAAAAUCAGUGCCAAAGGUUCGGAAAGUCAAACUGAUAUUUGAUUAGUUAUGUCGGAGAGAAAGAGAGAGAGAAACAAGAACAAAACCAGACCAUGAGAUGUGAGUUUGAGUCUUGGCUGCGUGUUCUCCCUCACUCUCUACUCCUGGUACUCUCUGUCGUCCUUCAGCUUUGACGCCCCUUAUUGGGAUAUUUUCUCUGCAAAUCCAUUCAGAGUCUUUCAGCUGAUUUCUGAAAACCGUGCGCCAUCUUUGCCGCUGUUGCACUCGCAGCUGGGUUCGCUUUUUGGUUCUUCCAAACGAGGUCGUGUUGACUGUUUUAGGUAGAACUUUGCAGGUUAUAAGUUUUCCAGUUUCAGCUCUUUGAGGCCAGAAGGAGACACGACAAACCAAAUUAUUGCCUUACUCCAGACCAGACAACUGAAGUGCAUCUAAACACCUUAGUCUGACUAUAAUCGGAUUUUGAGAACUCCGAUCAAGACACCCAGAUAAUGCGAUUGGAAAUCAAUUUUCUCUACCAUGUAACCAGCGCAGUCGGAGUAUGAUCGGACAAUGCAUGUGCACAAACAGAAACACCAGAGAAGAGGAGUAGCGUCCACCUCAUCUGCAGAAAAAGCAGCGAGUACAUCAUGUACGACAAAAACAAUGCUGUACAAUGCUCCAUCUUCUUGCUCGAAAAUGCCCAGCAGCAAUUUUAGUCACUUCUGACGUCUGACACGGACCUGCUGUUGUUGUUGACCGCUGAAUAAGGUCAACCGGAAAAAGCGCCGCUGAAAAAAAGACCCAUAUCACUCCCUAGUUUUGGGGAGGAGAACACGUUCACGUCAAUAAUUCGAUUUUCUCAGCUGCAUGUAUACGUGGACAAGGAGAUUCCAAAAACAGAAUUAUGAACUUAGUCCGAAUAAGCUGUCUAUGUUCACAUUCAGUUACAGCUUUAGUCCCUAGCCUUUCAUCGUACGUCCCAACUACAUGACAUCCCAAGCUCCAUUUGAGGGCAGCAUCUUUUUUUGACAACAAGCCAAAAUCCAUGCCAAAAGUUCGGAAAGUCAAGCUGACUGGUUAUGUCGGCGAGAGAGAGAGAAACAAGAACAAAACAACACAUGAAAGAAACACAAAAACAGGACCAGACCAUGAGAUGCGAGUUUGAGUCUCCUCUGUGUGUUCUCCCUCACUCUCUCCUCCCUGUACUCUCUGUCGUCCUUCAGCUCCUCUGCCAAUAAAAGACAAAAAACUUCAGUUUAACUCUCAAGUCCAUUUUUACUAGACAAGGUCAGCAAAACAGGCUCCGUCCAACUGUCUUUUAGGACGACUUUUUCUCCGUUUCAGAGGAUCUCGCUGCUGGAACAGUUUACCGCACACAGGAUUCGACUCAUUACCAAGUUGUGUUACUCAAUUCAGUGCAGGGACAAUUUAAAAGAACAGUUUGUGCAUUUUUUCAUAUGCAAAUGCAUUUUCUCUGAACAGAUAAUCAGGUACAGGCAGAUGUAGAAGCAUGCAUCAGUACAGACCGGCUCAUAAGUGGGCUCAUAAGGUCAUUCAUUCCAGAUAUGAAGUAAAAUAAAGCAGAGAUAGAGCGAAAUCUUUGAAAGGAUCACAGGAUUAUUUUUGUUGUCUAUCUGGAUGAGAGUGAAGCUCAAAACUUAAUUCUGAAGGUCGAGUGAGAAAAGCAAGUUGUUAAAAGCAGCAAAUGAAGGAGAGAAAAAAAAAUCCUCAAAGUUGUAGAAUGUGAAGCCUCAUGCUGGAGAAAGUACCUGUUUUCAAGUGUUCAGAUUUAAAUGUGGUCUUGCUCCAGCUUCAUGAUGGUUUUCCGAGCCUGUAUUCAUGUGGCGUUGUUAAAUUGGAUUGCAUUUUGUUGCAGAGAUGUUGCAUUGGUUUUGUGCGUAACCCCCUGUCUUUGUCGGGAACUCUUCUUGUUAAUUUCUCAGGGGGGGAGAGGCACUGAAAGCAAAUACAGCGAGAUGCAUAAAAUCCUCCUCCAGUUUUUCGUAUUUGAUGUCUGUGAUUCAGAAACCCGGGAUUAUGUCGACACACAGCCGCUGCCCGCGUGUGCUUUUAUUUAUUUGACUGGAGCAGCAGGGAGGGAGACGGCUCGCGGCGCUUAUGUAACAUCGUGUGACAGACAGACAUGACAGAGCGGAGCAGCAGGUUCUGGGCCUCAGCGUGUGAUGAGUAUGUUGUGUCUCCCCGCAGGAUGGACUGGUUCAAGUUGCAGCGCUUCGAGAAGGUCUUCAACGCCUCCUCCACCAGGAUCGUCACCAAAAAGGGAGUCAAGUAAGUGUCAGCCGGGAUGUGGAGCACACGGGGGUGACCUGUGACACCGCUGCGGGGAUGUGACUCAGCGGGCGGGAAGGUCACGGGUUUAAUCCCCCUGAGUCAGUCUGAGCCAAAAAAGGGGUUUUAUACCAGGCAGCAGACAGGGAGACCUGAAACAGCUCCAAGGAGUUCAAAUCCCAGCUGAAGGGCGCAGAUGACACAUUACAUCCCUGUUUUUACACCGAGCACCUCUGAAAAGAAUGAAUUAAACAUCAAAAACAAGCACAAGUACUAUUCUUUCUUAAGUAGAAAUGAUAAAACUGUCGACUUAAACAUUCAGAGUUUCACAUUUAUCAGUUCUGGCGCUGUGAUCUGACCUUUUUGCCUCUUUUACAAACUCCAGACAUGAAUUUCAUCAUGAAACGUCUCUAUAUUGUGUGAUGGUGUAAUAAUUUGUUGUUUAGCGGGUUAUGCAAGAGUGCCUCAGUUUGUAAGGGUCACUGGUUCAAAUCUGGAAAUUCAGUCAGAGGAUGGAAAAAUACCAGUUUAAUUCCACGUGCAGACCCCCUGUCUAAAGAUUGAAUUUACCUUCAGGAAUGAAUGAAGUGAAACAUUUAACAACAAAAUUAGAAUAAUAUCAACCAAUUUAAACUAAUCGUUUCACCUGUUUUUUGAAGAAGUAGAUUUAAGGCCUAAAAUAGAAAUAAAAAACUCCAUCAAAGACACUGAGCUGUCUGCUGAUAAGAAACAGUAAUGACUCAUAUAUCAGAAAAUUUAACGACCUGGAAAAACUGAAUGAAAGUAUAAAAAUACAAAAUUGAAAUCAAGCUGCACAUAAUGAUUUAAAUGUCAUGAAGAGACAUUUUUAAAACCUCCUCUGUCAUCUAAAGUUUGAAAUAAAUCACAUACACCAGUUCGACUGAUAUUGUGCUUCGAUUAAAAAAAAAGGCUGUUUUUGUACUUAUAUAAAAAAAUUUACUUCCCUCCUUCAUUAGGUUAAAAUUAAUCAAUUAAAGAAAACAGUCGUUAACUGUUUAGUUUAUAAACGUUUAUAAGGAGCUUGUUUGACUGGAAAGACUCCUCACUUUAAAGCUCCUCUAAGGAGUUUUUUUUAACAUUUAUGAAAUAGAAGUUGUGUGGAGUACAGUCCUGUAAUGAGCUUAUAUUAGGGUGACCAUAUUCUGAAUCCCCAAAAAGAGGACACGAAUAUGCAGGGUGGAGUCACGGAGUUGCACAUAGUAAAUUUUAGGAGUUUUUGGGUUGGGUUUGAGUGUGUUUUACGCACUUUUAACUCAGUAAGUCCACGUGACACAAACUCAAAACUUCCAUACAAAACCCUGAACAUUUGAAGGAUUUUAUAAACUCCCCUGGACAAGGCUGGACAUCCCCCAAAAAGAGGACAUGUCCUAGUAAAAGAGGACGUAUAGUCAUCCUAUGCAAAUGGAAACUUAGCAGACGUAACAUUUUCAGUAGUGUGAUUGUAUUACGUUUUUCCCUUUGGUGGUUUAAAGCUCUAACAAGAAUUGGUGAAGAAAGAAAGAAAGAUUGGUGCCUGAUAGUCACAAUGGGUGACACAUUUGACGGAUGAAAUUUCCUUAAGUAAAAUACCAUCAUUAGUUAUGUGAUAAGAAGUAUAUUUUUAACCACAGGGGGCGCCACAAUCAACACAAAGCAAAAGUUACUUACAGUAGCUUUAAAGGCUACUUAAAACAAAAAAAAAAUCACAUCUAGAUCAGUGAUAUUUGUUUGCAAAAAAGGGCGUAAAUUUGCAAAAGAAAGGAGUUUUUAAAAAGUGACUUCAUCCACUGUUUUACGAUGUUACCUCUCAGGUGGGCGUGACCUCAUAAAGCCGUUAUCACGUCCAAUCAGAGGCUCAGCAGCUAAUUUUAAACACUUUUCAAACAUACGAGGCUUAGCUUGAAGGAUUUCUUCAAAGGUCGGCCAAAUUCCCUCAUGUGACCUCUGCAGCCGUCUCUGCGGCUCUCCCGUGUUUCAUGCCAGACUUACUAAGACUUCCUCCGCCCUCUCCUCAGUUUUCUGCUGGUGAACAGCGUGGCCCUGCACGGUGACGGCUGUCCCAUCUGCCAGUCCGUGGAGAAGGAGCUGAUCAAACUCUCCAGAGACCUCAACUGUUCCCUUCAGGUGGGAGGAACGUUUCCUGGAAGUCUGAAGCACGCCCUCACACACUCUUACACACACUCUCACACACACUCUCUGCGAUCAUGAAGUGUAAAAGACUCGAGCUAAGUGAGGAAGAAGGAGGAUAAAACGAGCUUAAAUCUGAAGCUCAGUCUCAUCUGGAGCAGAUGUUUAGCUGCCUUUUUUUUAAUGCUCAGUGUUUGUGAAGCACAUUCAAAGUUCUGGCUGUUUGCUUCUCUUCCUUCCUGUACGCAGCAGCAGCAGCAUCUUGAAACAGACGGAUUGGAGAGAUAUGAAAUGAAAAAUGUUGGCUGAUGUUGGAGGACACGCUGAGAGCUGGCAGACAAGGCAGCUGAUGAAUUCUUUAUGCCUCUUUUUUUUGUAAAUUUUUCCAGCAGAACUCGCAGACGGGCAGCGGAGUGAUGGACAGCUGUGAGGGCUCUCAGCUCUACCCUCCGACGCCCCCCAUCAUGCUGCAGGUAAACUCGAGCUGUGCUCCGUGUGCGCUGUCUAAAAACUGGCAGGGAUCCACUUUCUCUGCAUCCAAAGCUCUGAUCCAAACACUCAGCAGGGAAAGACCAACACUAAAAACAAUUAGCCAACUUAAAUAUACACUCAGAUACACUUCAGCUCAUUUUACAGCCAAAGAUAUUCAGUCAGUGAAUUUUUUCCCCUCCUGUCCCCUCAGGCCUCUGAGUGUCUCCUUCCUCGCUCAUGCUGCAAAAAUAUAUUUAACUCACAGGAAAAGUUGCACAAAUGAAGUGGAUGUCCUCCAAAAAAAGCUCCUUUUUUCGCUGAUGAGUGCAUUUUUGUGUAGCAGCUCUUUUCCUGCAGUGAAAUAAACUGAAUGAAGAACAAGCCCAGAUGAAGGAGAGAAAGCAUCAACUCUUAUUACUGAUCAUUAGAAAAUAAGUCAUGAUAAUAUUUAAACUGUAGUUUAGACUUUUUAUCUCAUAAUACCAGCUGUUACUGUCCAAACAUUUAUUUUUUUAUUACACAUUUCUGUCCGUGUUUCAUUUUUCAUCUUAUUGUUUUGGCUUCUAAUCUCAUUAUUAUGACUUAAUCUUGUAAAACCUACUCCUUUUCUCUGAAUAAUAACUUUCAAACGCAUAAUUUUUAAAUUUUUUACGAUAUAUUUUUUAAUUCAAUUGUUUAAAAGUUUAAUCUAAUUAUUUUUUCUCAUUAUAAAUCAGCAGUAUCUUUUUAUAAUGAUGUACAUUGCCACAGUUUUAUUUUACAGUCUGAAUGUUGGUCUAAUAUUUUGAUUUAAUACAAGAUUAUUUGACUUUUUUAUUUGUCUAAAUUUGGACUUUUAUCUCACAGUUUUGACUUCCUCAGUUUUUCAAAUUUCUGUCUCAUAAGUUCAACUGAAAUCUUCCUUUUUUUUCUUUUAAUCCCAUUCAACAUUUCAUCUUAGAAUUCUGAAUUUUUCUACAGUAAUUUUGACUUAAUAUCUGAAAAAUUCAUCUUUCUCCUCCAUUAUUUUACUUUAUCUCAUAAUUUUUUAUUUCCCUGAGGGAACCUUCCCAAAAGGAUCAAUAAAGUUCCAUCCAAUUUAAUCUAAUUUUGACUUUUUAUGACAUAAUUUUUACAUUUUUCGUGUUAUUACGUAUUUUACUUCUUUAAAAAAAUCAAUAAGUUCUUUUUUUAUUCCGUUUGUCUGAAAUUGCAGUAGUAGGUUUCCAUAAUUUAGUUCAGGGUCCGUGUUAUUGAGGUUUUUUGACCUGUGAUUGUUUACGAACACUUACUGUGAAGUCCAAGAACUGAAACCACUCUGUAAGUUAUUUUAUAAUUUAAAUAUUUCUUCAGUAAAAGUUUCAAGCGUAACCAAAACAAAAAAUACUGAAGUAAAAAAGAAGUUCAUAUAAUACUCCGCUGAAACUUCAGCCUUCGUCUUUAUUAAGUUUAGUUAAUAAUCAAUCAGACUUUAUUUGUGAGACACUUUUUUUACGACAAUAAUGUAACAACCCCCCAAAAAACUAAUAAAAGAGUCAUGUAGUUAAAGAAGUAUGGUGAUAAAAUAUUAAAAGUAUAAUGUAAUGAGGAUUAUUAAAAAAAAGAAAUAAAGGAAAAUGAUAAAAAGGCCAAUUAAUGAGAUUUAUGAUGUGAAAUAUCCAAACAGUAAACGUUAAAUAAAUAAAUAAACAAAGAGACUAUUAUAACUUAAAAAAAAACAGGUUAAAAGCUUUUAAGGUUUGUGUGUUUUAUUGUUUAUAUCAAUCAGGAUCCACAUUCAUCUCUUUAAAAGCAGCAGCUGCUCUUCCAAACACAAAAACAUCUAUAAUAUUUAAAGUCUGCAGGAAAACAGGAACAUUGAUUUAACAGUAUUAACAAUCAUAAUGGUAAGAACGAUAAUAGAGGUAAAGGAUCUGGUCUGAGCCUGUAGGAGUCAGGGAUCUGGUAUUAAAUGAAAAUGUAGUCACACAUUAAUUCUAUUCAGAGAGAAUUUAACAUUUGAUAACCUACUAUUAAAGUGAUUUAAAGAAACAAUAUGAUUUUGAUCAAGUCGUCUGUUUGAUUGAUAUCAGUCUCAUAAUUAUCCACUUCUGGGCUCUUCAGCUUGAAUCGUUGCAGCAGCUUUAGUUAUUUUUAUGUCAUCGUGAAUCACAUUUGGAGUUUUAAAAAAAUCCUCUCCUCACUUCCUCACUUUAUCACAUCUGAGUUAUAUCGCUCAGACGGGUCAGUCCUCCCCGAGGCUCGGGAACUUCCACGCAGUGACAAAAGUGGCCCCAGCCUGAAUCAUCAAUCUUACACGUUACUAAAAAUAUGCUGUAAAAACGGAGCUAUAGGAACCCCUAAAUGAGUUUUUCGAACAGUGCAGCUUAAAUGAAGAGCCGGAGCGAGCUGACACCGAGUGUACGUGAGACUGUCAGACAGACGGAGUGGAAUAAGAGGAUUUCUAUAAUCUUAAAGCGACUAAACGGGGGGAAAAAAAAGGAAAAUGAGCGGGGUUUCAGAACAUUUUAGUGACUCAUAUAGCAGCUGGAUUAUUCCUCUUUUGUUAGUGUUUCAUGUAUAUUUUGUUCACGAAUGGACACAUGGGCAGGCUUUUGUCUUGGGUGCUUGGUCUGAGAGUUAAAGUUGAAGACUCAUGUAGCAAAAUCCAACAAUUAGGCACUGGGGAAAAACAACAAGGAAACUAGGGAUUCACACAUCGACUAUGACCAACACACACACACAGACAAACAGACGUACAAUGAACCAACAGGAACAGGGAGUGGCAGGGACUAUAUAUACACGGGGAAACGAGCAACGAGAGGCAGGUGAGACGCAGAGACACAGGUGCAGACGAUCACAGAGAAGGGAAAACUGAGGAAGUAAAACAACACAAGGAUGGACUACUACAAAAUAAAACAGUAAACACUGAAAACUGAUCUAAAGAAUAAAACACAGAGAACAUGAGGGAUACGGGGUCAGACACAAACUGAAAACUCAAAAAACAGGAUCACAGUGAACAGAAACAUGAGGAAAAACAUAGAAAAUGCACUUAAAGGGAUAUUUCGGCGUAAAAUCAAGUUAGGGUCAAACUCACCGUAACACAGAGUAAGACAUCCCGUCAUGGAAGAGCAUUUAUGAUCAUAACUUUAUCAUUUCCUUGAAGUAAUAAUUACCAUAUUAUCAUGUUGCACUGCAGAUGCGGGUGUUCUUCGGUCUGACUGCAUUUCCAUGAAGAAAUUAUGAUAAAUGUUCUUCCUUGAGCUGCGAAACCCCACUGAAGUCCGUAAUGGACUAGUCUAGGGGUGGGCAAUAAUUUUAUAGAAACCUCAACUGUGUUGGAGGGCCGAACCAACAAUAACCUACAGAAAAGCAGGCCCAAAUAAGCAACUACUUGUUAAAAACAAGCCCAAAAAAAAGCGCACCUGUGACUCACAAGUUUUACAAGCACCUUCUGAGAGAAACAAGCCUGAAGUCUUUUAUAAUAAGCAGACUGAGCAACUACAAGGCGUCUACGUAUACAACAACAGCUGGGUUUUCAAAAUAAAAGCAACACACUUUUAUAGCAUGUUGAUGAUUUGAUUGACGGACCUCACGAAGGGCCGGGCAGGGACAUCCAAGGGGCCGGAUGUGGCUCUCGGAUGUCCCAGCCCGGGACCGGAGUAGUCUGAAGUCUUGCUACAAACAAGCGGCUGCUGGAAGAGAGUAGGUGAGUUGUGUUUGGUCUCUUUGCUAAAGAAAUUCGGCAAAGUUAAAAAGAUGUUUGGUGGCUAGUACUGCGGCUGGGACCCUAUAUGAACUGUUAAUGAAGUUAGGUGCUGUUCUGAGCAUUAUUUGUGGCUAUAGAGUGGCGUUUUGGUUGAGCGCGUGGCUCUGUGUAUUGCUAUCGUGCAGUCAUUACUAAAGUUGGUAUAACUAGAGAAGCAAGCGGUCGGCAACAUUUAUCUCUCGACGGGGUGUCUAACUCAACGUGUUUGACCCUAACUUAAUUUUACGACGGAAUAUCCCUUUAAAUCAGUGAGGUGACAGAAAAACUAUCUUCUAUAAGCCGUCAAACUUUGGUGUCUCUCUCUCUCUGUGUCCUGCAGCACUACCCCCUGUACAGGGUGAGCGACGCCAGCUGCACCGGUCAGGACGCCGCACCGCCUGAAGAGCGACACCUGCUGUUCAGAGAGAAGUAUGACGUGUUGUCAAAGGAGGCCUCACAGAGGGUGAGCAACACUCUGCAGUCUCAUCACACCGCCUCGCCUUUCUUUUUUUUUACUCCACUCCCAGAGCUUCUGAAGCGGUUUAAUCCAGUUAAAAUACAGUACAGCCGUCUGCUGCUGUCCUGAAUGGAAACAGCAGAUCAUGAGGAAGAAGAUGAUGAUGAUGACGAUGAUGAAACUGAUGAUGUAAGUGAGCAGCAACCGCUCUCUGAGGCCACUGUCGGUUUUCUUUCCUCCUCAGCUGCUGCAGUGGUUUAACCCCCGCCUCAUCUUGAGCGGACACACCCACAGCGGAUGUGAGGUUCUCCAUGACAACAAGUUCCCAGAAGUCAGCGUGCCGUCCUUCAGCUGGAGGAACAGGAACAACCCUAGCUUCAUCCUGGUGAGUGAACAAAAAAAAAAACACCCAUCAGAGAGAGUCUGAUUGAACCAGGACUGAGAAAAGUCAAAGUAACGACCUGCACAGGUGAGUUUAGAGGCCGGCGCUGACAUAUUAGACUUAAUAUCACGGUUAUAAGGGUUAUUUUCACAGCACAUAGAGAGAUGUUGAUGUUGUUGGACACUCAGGCUGUGGUUACAUGGCCUAGAAACCUAAAGGUCACCAGGUUCAAGUUCCAGUGGUGAGGAAAAUCUAGUUGAAGAAGUGCGACUGAGCAAGGUAGUGAACCCACACUGAUUUACUAUACAUUAAAAAGAGAUUUGAAUCCAGACUAAUUAAGGGUUUCUAAUUGAUAAAUAGUUCUGGUAUUGACUAGAAAAGGUGACAACUUUUAAUGGCUUAAAGGGAUAUUCCGUCGUAAAAUUAAUUUAGGGUCACACACACUGUAACACCGAGUUAGACACCCCCUCGAGAGAUGAAUGUUGCCAACUGCUUGCUUCUCUAGUUAUACCAACUUUAGUAACGACUGCACGAUAGCAAUACACAGCGGUCUGAGGAGCCAUAAACAAACCUACACUAAAACGCCACAAAUAAUGCUCAGAACAGCACCUAACUUCAUCAACAGUACAUAUAGGGUCCUAGCCACAGCACUAGCCACCAAACAUCUUUUUAACUUUGCCUGAUUUCUUCACCAAAGAGACUAAACACAACUCACCUACUCUCCUCCAGCAGCCGCUUGUUUGUAGUGAGACCUCAGGCCAGUCCAUUACGGAAUAAAGCGGGGUGACGCAGCUCAAGGAAGAACAUUAAUGAUCAUUAAUUGAUCAUUUCCUUUAAGUAACAAUCAUCACAUUAAUCAUUUUGUACUGCAGACUCGGUAGUUCUUCUGCCUUAGCGUCUCGGUCUGAUUGCAUUUCCAUGAAGAAAUGAUCAUAAAUGUUCUUCCUUGAGCUGCUUCACCCCGCUUUAUUCCAUAAUGGACUGGCCUGAGGUCUAGCUACAAACAAGCGGCUGCUGGAAGAAAGUAGGUGAGUUGUGUUUAGUCUCUUUGCUAAAGGAAUUAGUCAAAGCUAGAAAGAUGUCUGGUGGCAAGUACUAUGGUUGGGACCCUAUAUGUACUGUUGAUGAAGUUAGGUGCUGCUCUGAGCAUUAUUUGUGGCUAUAGAGUGGCGUUUUGGUUGAGGUUUGUUUAUGGCUCCCCAGACUGUUGUGUAUUGCUAUCUUGUGGUUGUUACUAAAGUUGGUAUAGCUAGAGAAGCAAGUGGUCUGCAACAUUCAUCCCUCAAGGGGGUGUCUAACUCGGUGUAACGGUGUGUUUGACCCUUAAUUAAGUUUACGCCGGAAUAUCCCUUUAAUCGACUAAACAGAGACUCAGGGUGUCUAACGGUGUGCGGCUCCCUCACUGGCAUUUCUCUGUCAGUGUGUGUAGGCUGCAGAGGAUCCUGACUGUGUGUAUCUUGUUCCUCUCAGGAAACAGUGGGCAGUCAGCUAUACAGUAGUUUCACAUUUUUAACAUUUGGAGGCCCUCUAGUGGCUGAAAGUGUGCACUGCAGGCGGCAAAAACACAAAAUUCAAAAUGAAAAGAAGAAAUAAGUAAAAGAAAAUAGAAAAUUAAAGUAAAAUUGUCUCUUUUUGACUCACCACAUUCUCCUUCACUCUCUCUUUCUCAGGCGGCAGUGUCCCCCGACAGUUACUCCCUGUCCAAAUGUUUCCUGCCCGAGGAGAGCACGGUGAUCGGAGUGUACUGCUCGGCCGGCGCCUGCAUGCUGCUGCUCUUCCUCGCUCACUGUAUGUGGAUGAAAGGCCUGCUGCAGUGCCUCAGCCUCUGCCUGCUGGGCAAACACAAAUCCCUGUGA